GUCCCCCUUUUAAUCUUCUCGAGCGUUCAUUAUUUUGCCAUCCCAUAAUACUCUUUCCCCAGAAACCAUUGGACCGCUCCGGAGAGACCGUCAGCAAGCCGUUCGACACCACUGCAGUCCUCGUUAAUCCCACCGUCACGUGCUUUGUGGUCGUUCCUUCCAAUCUUCCGCCAUAUUCCGUUUCUUUAAUUGUCCGCUUCCAUUGCCAUCGUCAGACCAUGUCAUACGGGAAACCGCUUCAGAAGAAACCAGUCUGAUAGAAUCUCUCUACUCUCAAGAUGCAGGACGAACAACCCCCUCAGGGGAAUGCCGGAAUGAACGAAGACACACCAAUGCACACACCCACGUCUCCACAGUCCAACUCUGCGAGCGGGGCCAGCCAUCAUCCACAAUCAGCCCUCCCACUGUGUUUGCCCCGCUUCACCACAUCUACCAAUGCAUUUGGCCUUACUUCCUCUCCAUCUUCUUCAUCAUCGUCUCAACGAUCAAAUGAUUAUUUCGGCUCGGUGAGCGGAUCUAGUAUGGUGAUUAUACCCGGGAUGGCAGCGGCAGCGGCGAGUGACAGGAAGGUCAGGAGACCAAGCAUGUUGAGUUUGGCACAGAACGCGAGUUUUUUAAGUGAAGGAUCAGGAGAAGGGGAAAGAACACCAAUGGCAUUAGUCGUAGACACAGCAGGGGAAAGGGACAAGAGGGGAGCGAUGGAUAUGGUGGAAGAUCCUUCAAGCAGCAAGGCGAUAAGUCAAUUCACAGGCGAUGGGGGUCCCCUUCAACCUACGCCUCGUUGGCCUUCGAGUGGCUCCUUUCAGAGUAGUCUUCUCAGAAGAUCGACAUCAACAUCUACAAUACCGAUGGAGACCCUCAAAACGUCUACACCCGUUCAAAUUGAAUCAGUUGACGAGGAGGCACGCGGAAACAGUGAGGUUGAAAUGGCUACAGACUGGCUGAAUAAGUCAUCGAACCGAAAGGGUAAAGCUCGAGAAGGCUCCCCGUCAAAUCAUGACACCAAACUUCAUCCCCGCCCACUCCCCUCUGCCCUCCUACAAACACUCAUAUCCGAAUCAGCACCCCUUGAGCAUGAAAUCCAAUCGGAAGCCCGUCUUCAGCGGCUACUCAGUUCCCACCCCGCCAAGCUGCCACUCACCCCACGAGCACCUCGCGGAUCUAGGGGUCGGUUUCCUGACCAAGUCGGCGGUGACGAUGAUGAUGAUGAACUCGGUCUUUCGGCCUUCUCUGCCGCGGCCAGGCGGUGGGGUACAGGCAGACCAUGGUCGAAGGAGGAUUCAGACUCAGAUUCAGAUGAUGGUCUACCUGCGGGGGAGGUGAAUGCAGCUUUCGCAGCAGGGAUGGACAUGGAUCGACCAGAGAGUAGUUCAAGUAAUGCGAAUACCAUGGGAGGUGGAUGGGGAGCAAUGAGCGAAUCUGGCAAAUCGACACCCGGCCAGGGGGAAAGAAGACGGAGUAACAGUGGAAGCAGGAGUGGCAGUGGCAGUGCGGGCCCUGGAGCUGGAACGGGCGCAGGGUAUCCGUUCCCGAAUACAAUGUCAACGCCUGGUAUGUCAACCCCUGGUGCUGGAUCUCAAGUACAGACACAAGGCCAAGGACAGCAACCAAUAUCUGCUAUUAAAGGUAGUAGCAAAUUAAGCAUGAGUGGGAUGGUACCUUCACCUGGGAAUGGUCUUCCCAAUGCCUUUGGCGGGCUGGGGAUGGGGACGGGUACUCCACUGGCCAGUCCAACUGUUGAGCGAAAUGAGCUUGUCGGUUCUCCCAACGCUCCGAUGUCGAGCCCUGGGUUGAUGCAAUACCGCGAGUCUUUGGGCGGAAGUGCAUCCCUACGACCUAAUAAACGAAAAGCUCAAGAAGACAGGUUCGACCCGUACAAGCGUCCGCGCGCAGCUUCUCCCUCCCUCCUCUCUUCUCCCGCUUUUCCCCUAUCACCGUCGAGGCCAACUUCCAUUCCCAUCCCGGCAUCUCCCUCGCACGCUCCGUUGUAUCCUUCCGCGUUAUCGACCUCCCAUCCACGCUCCGUCGGCGGUGUAGGCGCGCAAACACAUCCGAGUAGCUCAAGACCGAAUCAUCCGUACACAAGACCGAUGGCUAGUCGGUCCAGAGCAGCCAGUCCGGCUUUGAGCGCUGGGAGUGGGGGUACCAGUUUGGGAAGGGAGAGGUAUCUUGGGCAACACGUUCAGAAUGGGAACAAUGGACAUGGCGGACAGGGGGCCUUGGGAGGGUUGGGUUUGCUGAGUUUGGCGAACAGAGUGAGAGAGGAGGACGAAAAAGAGGAAAGGGGGGAGAGGAUGGAAGAAGACUAAGGCCGGAAUAGAGUCAAACAGGGAAUGUUGUAUACAGUAGUAUCUACCAAAAUCUAUAACAUUGUACAAGUACAAGACAACAUGCAUACACCAACAGAUCAUGAUUAGGC